CACCCCUCAUUCGCUUUCCUGAUUUAGGAACUAACGACCCUUCCCCGCCAAGCACCCGCCACAUGCAUGAUUCCCGCCAUCGUACCUGUAAACCCUCCGUAAGCCUCCACCUAUUUCGGCCUUGUCGAAUAUUAUGAUGCGACCAUAAUUUGCGGUGUAAAGUCAGCGGUGAUAUACACCUUGGAGAUCGACCCUGGGUUUUUCCAGAAGCGGGAUUGGAAACCGAAUCCAGUAUGUAAAGCCGGCGCAUCUUGCUGACAGCUCCCAUUGUGAAGGCGCUGUUGGGAUGAACCCCGUCCGUUCCGAAUGCCGGUUCACAAGGCGCAAGGCAAGUAUAAAGAGUAGAUGGAGAGUCGUUGAGGUGGCAACUUUUAUUUGGUAUCAUCUCAUUCCAAUCAUCGCCUUUAACAUCAUCUCUUGGACCUCGAAGCUUCUUCUACCUCUACUUCUUCCAACAAACACCACAAACCCCUCCCCCCCCCCCACAAUCAACCAAAAUGCUCGACCAUCUCGCUGUUGGUAUCCCUGUCGAUAAGAUCAAGGAGUCCAUUGCCUUCUACAAGGCUGCUCUCGCUCCUCUCGGAUACGAGCAGCGCUACGAGUUUGCUGAUGGCAAUAUCGUCGGUCUUGGCUCCAAGCACGACCCUCUUGAGAAGAAGGCUGAUCUCUGGAUCUCUGCCGAUGAGGGUGCCACCGCUGGCGGCAACAACAUCCACUACGCUCUGACUGCCAAGGACCGCAAGUCUGUUGACGAAUUCCACGCCGCUGCUAUCGCUGCUGGUGGCAAGGACAACGGUGCCCCCGGCCUCCGCGAGCACCACCCCAGCUACUACGCCGCCUACGUUCACGACCCUGUUGGCAACAACAUCGAGGUUGUCUGCCACAUCGACGUUUAAAUUUGUGGAGAUGUAUAGUUGAUGAUGUAUAUGAUGAAGAUUUCUUGUAGAUGAGUGUGUAAGCGAGGAGUUGGGGGUGUGGUGAGCGAGUUUGAUGUUUGCAAUAUUUCGGCAACUUGUACUAGAAGAUUAGAGAGCAUUGUCAGAUAGUAUAGAGCAAUUGAAUGAAUUAGAGACGACUUCUUUUCUUUUCCUCUUUGCUUCUUCUUCAUUCAUUCUGCAUGCACAGCGCAAGAACCUGGUUGACAGUUUUUGGUUCGCUAAAAUCCAGUGCUUGGCGGGGAUCUACCGAACAGAUCAGUCUCGUUGCAGAGGACAGCCUCACUGAUAGUCCAGCAGAAUCAAGAUAUGACUAGCGAUAUUGCAGGUAGUGCCGGCUAUCAGCUAGAUUCAAGAUCAGCAACGGCAGAGCCUCUCUCCAACGUUGCUG